AUGGAUGGAACGCAGAAAGUAAUACAAAAAUUGGAGCCGAAUAUUGAAUGUCAGAUUAAGACAAUAAAUCAGGAUAAAGCAGAAACAUUUGGAUCAAAUAUUGCACAAGCAGCAAUUAACAAAACAAAUCCUGAUUUGAGUUUUGCACCGGUGGAUACAUUCCCACGUGGAGUUUGUGAACUACUUCAUCUCAAGUAUCUAAAAAUGACGGGAACCAAGGUGGGAGUCUUUCCAAAAUCCAUUAAAAAGCUUCGGAACCUAGAGAUCUUGGAUCUAAGAUGUAUUGCUGUAACUAAGUUACCGAUCCAACUAGGAGAGCUUCAAAAACUUCGAUACCUUAUUGUGGACAGAUAUUGGGGAAAUGGUUUUAAAGUACCAACGAAUAUAGGGAAUUUGUCAUCUUUGCAAAAGCUUGGUACAAUUGAUGCAAGCGGAAGCAAUGGAAACAUUAUAAUGGGAGAAGUGGGGAUGCUUACCCAACUAAAUACUUUAUACAUUACAAAGUUGAGAAGAGAAGACAAUGUGACCCUUUGCUCAUCCCUUGCAAAACUAAGCAAUCUUCGCUCAUUGUAUGUUUCCUUAAUUUUUAUGGAAGAGUCGGAGUUGGAGUUCCUUCAACUACCAUCUUUGUCUUCAUGUCCUUCAUCUCUACAAAAGCUAUUUUUGGACGGACCACUAGAGAAGGAACCACAUUGGAUACCUUCUCUUCAAAUCCUGGUUAGAUUACAGUUAGAAGGGAGCAAGUUAAGGAAUGAAGAACUCCAAUGCCUACAAGAUUUGCCAAUCUUCUGGAACUUGAAUUCGCUUGUGAGGCGUGCAUUGGAGAGGGUUUGUCUUUCAGGGUUAGAGGGUUUCAGAUGA